AUGCAACACCGAGCCAGUAAUGUCGUCGCCCUUCUGGCGAAUUCGUUCGAUAACCCUUAUAAUGGCACCAGCUCCAUGACUACAACAAUUUACCAUACAGCCUGGGUGUCCAUGGUAUCCAAAGCGGAGACUCGCGAUGGAGUAUCAAGGUCAUUCUGGCUGUUUCCGGAAUGCUUCGAGACUGUGUUGAAGAGCCAGUCUCCAGACGGGGGCUUUUGCGUCAACGGUACUCAGCUUGACAGCAUCUUGAGUACAAUGGCAGCUACUCUGGCGCUUUGCAAACAUCAGAAAUCUCAGUCUAUCCUAGGCUGCCCGCAAAGCCCAUCGGAGCUGCAGGGAAGAAUUGAGAAAGCGCGCGCAUAUCUGGACCAAGCGCUGCACCGCUGGGAUGUGGAGUCAACGGUGCAGGUUGGCUUUGAGAUUCUCGUCCCCAGCCUGCUGCGAAUGCUGCAGGGGGAAGGACUGAGCUGGAGCUUCCCUGCGCGCCGGGUCCUCAUGAAACUUAACAGGCGAAAGCUCGACAAAAUUCAGCCAUCCAUGCUUUACGCUAACAGUAGCACCACGUUGUUGCAUUCUUUAGAGAGCUUCAUUGGCAUUGUGGACUUUGGCAAAUUGACGCACCGUCUUGUCAACGGGGCCAUGAUGGGGUCGCCUUCGUCUACGGCUGCAUAUUUGAUGCAUUGCCCGCAGUGGGACGAAGAAGCAGAAAGAUACCUACGAUUUGUCGUACCUAGCCACAAGGGAGGCGUCCCUUCGGCCUUCCCAACCAGCGUAUUCGAGUCUUCAUGGGUUCUCUCGACCUUGUUGGGUUCCGGCUUUACAGCCGAUGCUCUCGGAGCAGAAAAUGUUACGAAGAUGGCAAAUCAUCUCCAGGCUCGCUUGGAAGAAAACGAUGGAACCACCGGCUUUGCUCGUGGAAUGCUUCCCGAUGCGGAUGACACUGCAAAGUCCAUAUACUCUCUAAGCCUUCUCGGUCGUUCACCGGAUUGCGAAGCCAUGAUUCAAGCCUUCGAGGGACCUCAGCAUUUCAGGACCUAUAGUCUCGAGACAAAGGAGUCGUUCAGCGCUAAUUGCAAUGUUCUUAUCGCGCUUCUCGCAUCCAAAAAUCCGUCGCAGCACGUGUCGCAAAUUCAAAAAGCCAUCAGGUUCCUUUGUACCACCUGGAUUAAUGGUAAAUGGGGUGACAAAUGGAAUAUUGAGCCUCAAUAUGCCAUGAUGCUUUUUGCAGAUAGUCUAGCAAAGACGAUAGAGCAGUGGAAUAGGGGUGCUCUAGAUGGCAUAGAUUCCAAGCUACUGACAGACAAUCUUCCUCUUGUCACACUACAGGUCCUCGUCCGUACUUUAAGUUCGCAGUCCAAUUCCGGGUCGUGGAAGGAAUCCGCAGAGAUCACAGCCUACGGUCUUUUGACAUUGAAGUCAUUGGCCACCUUGCCAUGGGUCAAGUUGGCCCUCGGAUCAAAGGUAGAGGAGAGCAUUGAGCUAGCUACAAGAUACCUGAACCUCAAUGAGCGCAGUUGGGCUACCCCUGAAGUGAUCUGGGUCGAAAAGGUGAACUAUGGCUCCGCCAUUAUCUCAGAGACAUAUUGUCUAGCUUCACUGAGGGUAUCGUCUUCUGCGACCAGCUGGACAGUGAAAGUCUCCGAUCUAUGCAAAAUUCCCGUGGAUAAGCUGGAUCGCUUCUGUGCGUUCUUUGGGCGACUACCAAUCUUCGAAAAAGAGCCUUCAUGGAGAUUGCGGGCUUCAAUCAUCGAGGGCUAUCUGCUCGCACCCGCCUUGCGACGUGCUGCAGUCGACAUCAAUAUCUUUCCUCAUCGAGAGACCAAAUACCUCGAUUAUAUCCCUCUCACAUGGACAACCUGUAACAAUGCGUCGGACUUUGGCCUCUCAACACAGACAAUGGCCGAGAUGUUGGUAAUCUCACUGCUCAACUUUCAGGUUGACAAAUGGUUGGAGGAAGUCACAGAAGAUUCACGCCUCCAAGGGGAUUUCGCGGCUCUCAAGACAGUCAUUAAAGAGCUCAAUUUCCAGGAAGCGAUAGAAUACAAGAAAGAAAAGCAGCCAAGCGACCAUCAGAAGCAAGGUUGGCUGUCCAGUGCCUUCUCAUAUUUCAGAGGCAGUGGCACAUCUACCGAAACAAUGGACAGUCUUGCUCCUGGCCUCUCGGGGAGUGAUGGCGAAAAAGCAGCUCUCCUGUAUGAAGCUCGCAGCACACUCUCCGCCUUUAUUAGGUUCGUGAUGAACAAAGUAUCAGUUGCAUCGCCUCCAGACACUCUGCGCCGACGGGUAUCGCAUGAACUACGCACUUUUCUCCUAGCACACGUAACGCACGGAGAAGAUAACACACAUCUCAGCACACACUCCCAGAAAGCUGAGAAGCCUCCCGCAUUCUCCCCCAUGCAGACAUAUUACGAAUGGGUGCGAACUACCUCAGCAGAUCACACAAGCUGUCCCUAUUCUUUUGAGUUUUUCCGGUGCCUCGUAUCAUCCUCGGCCUGUAAUGGCGCCGAUUGCUUCGCAGGGACUCGGACUCAGUACCUCGCUCAAGAUGUCUGUCGUCAUUUGGCCACAAUGUGCCGACAGUAUAAUGACUACGGAUCUAUUGCCCGCGAUCGCGAGGAGAACAACCUCAACAGUAUCAAUUUUCCGGAGUUCCAACAAGGUGAAGAGGAGAUGGAUGAAUCUUGCAGCCAAUGGGGCGACAAUGCGAAGCGGUCGCUGUUCGAUAUUGCCAACUAUGAACGUGAGUGCCUGGAGCUUGCUGUGAGACGGUUGCAACCUGAGAUUACAGAGCCUGUUCGAAAGGCUUGGAAGGUUUUCCUUGACGUGACAGAUCUCUACGGCCAGAUUUACGUCGUCAAAGACAUCAAUUCUGGGUAG